GUCAAUGGCGCUAUCAGCUCCACUUCUGACGGACACGCCGUGUCGCCGCUGUAUGUGAGUUCUUGCGAAAUAAGCAGCGGAAAGUCUCCCCUUCUCCCGGCUCCCCCGUUGAUUAGAAGACUUACGGGCUUCCGGCAUCGAGAUGGGAAUGCUGCUGCUGCUGAUUUUGCAUUAUUAUAUGCUGUCGAGUUUUGUGUGCGACGCGAUUGCUUUCGUGGAAGAGCCCACCGGAGGUAGAUCGGACGGCUACUGCGGGCGAAUCCUCCGGGCUCAGACACACGGGACCCGGCGGGAUGGACACCAUGAGUUCCGUCUCAGAGUGGAGGGGGAUCCUGAAACCUACCAGCCUGGCAACACUUAUAGAGUGAUCCUCUUGGCAACCAGCCCUGCUUAUUUCAGAGGUUUCACCCUCAUCGCAUUGAAGGAGGGCAGAGAGGGCACCACAGAUGAUGACUACACCGGCCAGUUCCAGAUCAUUGAUGAAGAGGAUACACAGUUCAUGACCAACUGUGCCCCUGCUGUGACAGAGAGCACACCUCGCAGACGCACCAGGAUACAAGUUUACUGGACAGCGCCCUCUAGUGGGAGUGGUUGUGUCAUACUGAAGGCGAGCAUCGUCCAGAAGAAAAUUAUCUAUUUCCAGGAGGAGGGCUCCCUUACCAUCCGGCUUUGUGAGAAAGAGCGUGUGUUUGGUGAGGCAACACCCGACCCUGCCUUGGUAUGCUGUGCUUGUGGGACAGCCAAGUACAGACUCACCUUCUAUGGCAACUGGUCAGAGAAAGUCCAUCCCAAAGACUAUCCCAGACGGGCCAACCAUUGGUCAGCACUCAUUGGUGCAUCCCACUCCAGAGAUUAUGUGCUGUGGGAGUAUGGCGGCUAUGCCAGCGAGGGGGUCCGUCAGGUAGCUGAGUUUGGCUCCCCCAUCAAAAUGGAAGAAGAGAUUCGACAAAAGGGAGAUGAAGUACUGACUGUCAUUAAAACCAAAGCGCAGUGGCCUGCGUGGCAACCGCUCAACAUGCGUGCCGCUCCAUCUGCAGAGUUCUCCGUGGACCAAACUCGCCACCUGAUGUCCUUCCUCACUAUGCUGGGGCCUAGUCCUGAUUGGAACGUGGGACUAUCAGGAGAGGACCUUUGUACCAAGGAUUGCGGCUGGGUCCAACGACUGGAGACAGAGCUGAUUCCCUGGGAUGCUGGCACUGACAGUGGUAUCUCGUAUGAAUCACCAAACAAGCCCACCAUUCCUCAAGAUAAGAUCCGACCUUUAACUAGUUUGGAUCACCCUCAGAGCCCCUUCUAUGACCCUGAGGGCGGGGCAAUUACACCUGUGGCCAGAGUGCUGGUGGAACGCAUCGCUAGGAAGGGAGAGCAGUGCAAUGUGGUCCCAGACAGCAUUGAUGACAUUGUAGCGGACAUUGGUCAAGAGGACACGGAGAAAGAUGACACCCCCGAGACGUGUAUUUACUCCGGCUGGUCACCCUGGUCGGCCUGCAGCAGUGCCUCAUGUGAGAAAGGCAGACGGAUGAGACAGAGGAUGCUUAAGGCACAGCUGGACCUCAGCGUUCCGUGCCCCCACACUCAAGAUUUUCAGUCCUGCAUGGGACCUGGAUGCAGUAUACAAGAGCCAUCGACAUGCAUGAUGUCAGAGUGGAUAAGCUGGUCCGCCUGCAGUGUGUCCUGUGGGAUGGGACUGAGGUCCAGGGAGCGUUAUGUCAAACAGUACCCUGAGGAUGGCUCGCUCUGUCAGCUCAACACAGAAGAGAUCGAGAAGUGUGUCGUCAACGAAGAAUGCUCAGUCAGCAGCUGUGUGGUGACUGAAUGGGGUGAGUGGGAUGCCUGCAGCGUCUCCUGUGGGAUGGGCAUGACAAGACGUGAGCGCAUGGUUAAAAUGCCUCCUAUAGAUGGAUCAAUGUGCAAAACGGAAGUGGCUGAAGUGGACAAAUGCAUGAUGCCAGAAUGCCAUACCAUCCCGUGCAUGUUGUCGCCAUGGUCAGACUGGAGUGAAUGUAGCGUCACGUGUGGACGCGGCCUAAGGACCCGCCAGAGGAUGCUCAAGUCGGAUCCUGCGCAGUGCAAUGAAGAGUUGGAGCAGACCGAGAAGUGCAUGCUGCCCGAGUGUCCCAUCGACUGCAUGGUCUCAGAGUGGUCCGAGUGGUCCGAAUGCAACAAGUCCUGCGGUAAAGGCCACACCAUCCGAACCCGCAUGAUAAAACUGGAGCCACAGUUCGGAGGCGGCGCUUGUCCCGAGACCAUCCAGAGGAAGAAGUGCAAGAUCAGGAAGUGUCGAUCCAAACCCAAGGAUGAGAGGAGUGAAGGCAAGAGGAGAAGAAGAGGCAAACAGGGAAGAGACGCAGUCUUGGAAGAACAGUCAGGUAAGUGUGGAGACCGUAAGAAGUCUUUCCUGUGCUACAUGUUAAGUGAGGUGACUGCUCCUAAAGGUUGUGGGAUGCAGCCAUGGACCGGCUGGUCAGACUGCACCAAAGCAUGCGGAGGAGGCAUCCAGGAGCGUUUCAUGUUGAAGAAGAAAAGAGCUAAAGGCACAGUGUCGGCCAACUGCAAGGACCGGAAGGAAAUACGUGCAUGUAAUGUUAAUCCCUGCUAGAGGGCACUGUUAAGUUACACAGGCGGUCAAGUAGGACGUACCAAUGGGUGUAUUUCAUACAAAGGAUAAGAAAAAUGUUGUUUUCGUGAGCGAUGUAUGCUUGGUUAAUAUGACUUAGUGAGGCGAGUCAAAGGACCGAAGAGAGACAAAAUAGUUGAGGUGUGUUCAAUAUUCGCUGGCAGAGCUGUUAUUUCUUGUUACUUUAGAGUACUACAUAAUGAGUAAUAGCACUGUAGCUUUCGUCUAUUUUGGUCACUUAAAUAUUGUAGCCCCCAUGAAUGGAUAAGCUUGAGUACGCAAUAUGCACUUGAAAACUACGUAGAUAUCAAAAAGUAGCAAUGGCGGUAACAAUUAUAAAUGAAAAAUCAUAGUUUUGCAGUUUUCUAAUAAUGAUCCACUCCUUUUGUAUGUAGCAGAGACAGAAAGGAGACAUUUAUACUUUUUGUCUCAUGUUUGCCACCUGCAGUAGCCAAUUGAAAUGACAUACUCUACUAAAUCACCAUGUACAGUGUUGGAUAUUCUAACCUCUUAUAAGGACAUAUAUUUGCUAAGUUUAUUUAAACAGAGACCGACAAAACAUAAAUCCAGAAAAAAAAAACAUGAAAUAAAGGUUAUGUGUAACUUGUAUGUGAUGUAGUGGAGUAAGUAUUCGAUUCCCAAGCAUAGAAGUGACGAGAGUACUCACGACGCAGAGAGGCCAGAUGUUUCUUGCAGUUGUUCACCGGGGUUAUCAAAUCUCAGGAGGGUUUUAGUCCAUGACAGAUGUUGUUUAAACCAGGGGUGUCAAACGUACGGCCCGAGUGCCGGAUCAGGCCCACGAACAGGUUUUAUCCGGCCCGCGGGAUGAGUUUGCUAAGUAUAAAAAUUAACCUGAAAUGUUUGAAUGAAAGAAACAGCUGUUCUAAAUGUGUCCACUAGGUGUCGCAAUAGCAAUUAUUUGUAUCUUUGUAGAUGAUGCUACAUAUGUACAAAAUAAACCACAUGAUGUUAGUACAUCAGUUGAGGAAAAUGAUCAAACUACAUAAAUAACAUACUGUAAAUUUAUUUUGAUAUAAUUUUUUUAUCUUGAUAAAUUGAUGAUUAACACCAUUGUGUUGACUAAUGAAGAUUAUCACAUCAUUUAUUCAGAAAAUAUAAAUAACGACCAAUAAAAUAUGUAUACUAUUAACCGCAGCAGGUAAUUGUAAAAAAAAACAACAACAACAUUAUGAUUUGUACAAUUUCAGAAUGUGCUUAUUCUAUUUUUAAACAAAGAAAACAAUCUGAAGUUGUCUUUAUUUUUAAAUUAUCGUGCCGUGAUUUUACCACUUCGGAGUAGAUUUUUCUCCAUGUGGCCCUCGAUCUAAAAUGAGUUUGACACCCCUGGUCUAAACCCUGAAAGGUUCAGUUGAUAAGUGAUCAAUGUCCAGAGACUUUUUAAUUAGCUUAUUCUUGUGUCACUUUGUCUUGGCCGUAAGUUUUGGUUCAUCUUUACAACGAGUCUUUAGUGUGAGAUUUUAUGGAACGCGCCCCUCAAUGCGGUUUCCACUUGCAUGUUUGAUGUGGCGAUGUUGUUCUUGGUAUCACACUCAGCCAUUUUCCGAAUCUUAAACGCCGAUUGCACGCUGUGCGUCGGGCCCCGCAAUCUGUGGGUAUCUGUGGGAAUGUCAAUUAAUGAAAAAAGAGGCGUUUCAUAUGACAUUUUACUGCAAACAUUUUCCUACCCUGUUCCUGCUCAGUCACCUUUAAAACAAUAAUGGCAAAUUUCUCAGAAUAUUCUCAUUGUGCCCUAUUAGUUCUGGGCUUUUAUAAAAAGGUACUGGGAUUAAAUUCCAGACCGAAAUGUCAGGAAGAUAUGCACAUUUGUGAUUUAAAUCUAUGAAAUGUAUUUUGACCCCAAAAAAUCCCUUGAAUUUGUUUUAGUACAAAUAAUGCAUCAAAUUAAAUUCAAGUUUUUUUUUGUUUUUUUUUUAUUAA